GCUCGAACUACGCUACCGGGUUGGAGACGGCGGGAGCUGUCGCUGGCAAGUUGAAGUUACUGGGGACAGGUUCUCCCGAAGCCGCGCGGUAGGGAGGCUGGUAUCAUGACCGGCGAGGUGGGUUCUGAGGUUAAACUGGAAGUCAGUGAUCUAAAACUCCUCUCACAAGAAGCAGACAGUCCUGUAGACAGUGGACAGGGCAGCUUUGAAACCCUCCUGGAGCCCUUGAGUGAAAGAGAUUCUGAUGAAGAGAUAUUUGUGAGUAAGAAACCGAAGAGCAGGAAAGUGCUGCAUGACAGCGACUCUGAGGCCGAGGACGGAGAUGCCUCUUCACAGAAACCCACCUAUGACAGCGAGGAGGAGAAUAAAGAGAACUUACUCUCAGGGAGGGGCGGCAUGUCCGAAACUCUGGCUGCUGGCAUCGGUGAGGGACGGCUCAGUCCGCCGAGGCUGGGAACUCAAGAGCAGCCCUCCUCAGAGCUGAGCCGCCAGUCUGGACGCUCCAUGGAUGUCACCACCAACGGAAAGCCUUCCAAAAAGCUCGCCAGAGAAAGAGCUGAAGGAAAAGCAAAAUCCAGGAGAAGACUCGAGAAGGAGGAGAAAACAAUGGAAAAAAUCAGGAGGCUAAAAAAGAAGGAAACAAAAUAUAAGGAAAGUGAUGCAGACCGGCCGCUAAAUGACAGCGGCUGUCUUCUUGAAGACAGUGAUCUUUUUGAAACAGGUUUGGAGGAAGAAAAUGACUCUCCACUGGAAGAUGAGGAGUCGUUAGAGUCAAUAAGGGCAGCUGUGAAAAACAAAGUGAAAAAUCACAAGAAAAAGGAACCAUCUCUGGAGAGUGAGACCUUUUCAUUAGAAGAAGAAAAAGAGUCAUCCAAAGGCAGUGUGAGGAAGGAAAGAAAGGCGGCAAAGUUAAGUAAGGAAGCAUUAAAAAGACUGCAUAGCGAGACUCAGCGUCUAGUCCGAGAAUCUGCACUUAAUCUUCCAUAUCAUAUGCCUGAGAGUAAAACUAUUCACGAUUUCUUCAAACGUAAACCCCGGCCCACUUGCCAGGGAAAUGCCAUGGCCCUGCUGAAGUCAUGUAAGUAUCAGUCAGGCCCCUACAAGGAAACCAUAAGCACAGCAGAUGGAGCUGAAAUGCAGGCUGAUGACCCCAGCAAAGGCUCUGAGCAGGCAGCAGGUGCAGAAAGUGCAACGGAAUCUAGUGUUCUCCCCGAGGGCUCAGAAGAAGCCGGGAUCGCUGUUGGAUCAGAUGAGGCUUGUGAGAAGGAUCCGGUAAGACUCGGAGAACUGGAAAUUGAGGAGACCAAGAGGCACAGUGAUGACAGACCUUCUCCUGAGGACAGAUCACUGUCACAGCGGGAACCCUCUAUCUCCAAGAUCGAGGCCAGUGAGGGGUGUCAGGCUGGAGAACUGGCUGGAGAACUCACAGUGUCUGACCCUCGUGCCCUAGAAGGAGAAAAACUGAAAACAACAGGAGAAACAGAUGCAAGAGAGAGAGAGCCUGAGCAGAAAAGUAAACCCUCAGCAGUUGCACCACCUGAAAAGGUGAGAAGAUUCACCGUGGACCGACUUAGACAGCUGGGAGUGGACGUUUCCGUUCAGCCGAGGCUGGGUGCUGAUGAAGAGUCCUUUGUGAUACUUGAUGACCCUGAACCCAACAGAGAACUGGAAGCCUUGAAGCAGCGUUUCUGGAGGCACGCAAAUCCCGCAGCCAAUCCCAGGGCUCCUCAGACAGUGAACGUGAACAUCAUCGUGAAGGACUUGGGCACUGACGGGAAGGAGGAACUAAAGGCAGAUGUGGUGCCUGUGACUCUGGCAGCUGAGAAGCUGGAAGGAGCAAGCCACACAAAGCCAGGUGAAAAACUGCAGAUGCUAAAAGCUAAAUUGCAGGAGGCAAUGAAGCUCCGAAGGCUUGAGGAGCGGCAAAAGCGCCAGGCAUUAUUUAAAUUAGAUAACGAAGAUGGAUUUGAAGAGGAGGAGGAAGAGGAAGAAAUGACAGAUGAGUCUGAAGAAGACGGAGAAGAGGAGGUAGAAGAGGAGGAGGAUCAAGACAUUCAGACUACAGAAUUUCUACUUGUUAGUGAAGAUACCGAAACCAAAGAUGAAAAAGAAACAGAUAAAGAAAAUACGGAUGGCAGUAGUGAACUUGGCAAGUCUGUUGACCUCUCUGUUCCCAAGCCCCUCUCCUCAGAUUCCACCUUACUUCUGUUUAAGGACAGCUCCUCCAAGAUGGCUUACUUUCCUACUGAAGGAAAAUCAGAAACAGAUGACUUGGGCAAGCAGUCUGGCAAACUGGAUGAAGAUGACUCGAGUUCACUGCUAACAAAGGAGAGCAGCCACAACAGCAGCUUUGAGCUGAUUGGCUCCACAAUUCCCUCCUAUCAGCCUUGCAACAGACAGACAGGCCGAGGGGCCAGUUCCCUCCCUACAGCAGGAGGGUUCAGAUCCCCUUCCCCUGGCCUGUUUCGAGCCAGUUUGAUCAGCUCGGCUUCUAAGAGUUCAGGAAAACUGUCUGAGCCUUCACUUCCCAUAGAGGAUUCCCAGGAUCUGUACACCGCCUCCCCAGAACCUAAGACACUUUUCCUAGGAGCAGGAGACUUCCAGUUCUGUUUAGAAGAUGACACUCAGAGCCAACUGUUGGAUGCAGAUGGAUUUUUAAACAUUAGAAAUCACCGGAAUCGAUAUCAAACUUUGAAGCCCCAGUUGCCACUGGCCAGUAUGGAUGAGAAUGCCAUGGAUGCCAAUAUGGAUGAGCUGCUGGAUUUGUGUACGGGACAGUUUACAUCUCAGCCUGAAGAGAAAUGUCAACCUAGAAAGAAUGACAAAAAAGAAAACAUGGAGGAACUUCUGAAUCUUUGCUCGGGCAAAUUUCCUUCUCAAGAUGCCUCCCCUGUGGCUACGUUGGAGCUGAGUAAAGAGGAGAGAGAGAGCAGCACAGAUGAUCCGAUGGAAGAGGCACUUGCUCUUUGCUCAGGCUCUUUCCCAACAGACAGGGAGGAAGAGGGUGAAGAGGAGGAAUUUGGCGACUUUCAGCUUGUUUCAAAGGAAAAUGGAUUUGCGAGUGAGGAGGAUGAACACAGUGACUCUAGUGAUGAAGAGCUAGCCCUGGACCCAGAGGAUGACGAGGAGGAGCUCCUGAAGCAGUCUGAGAAGAUGAAAAGACAAAUGAGGCUGAAGAAGUACUUGGAAGAUGAGGCAGAGGUGUCAGGAAGUGAUGUGGGAAGUGAAGAUGAGUAUGACGGGGAAGAGAUUGACGAAUACGAAGAGGACGUCAUUGAUGAAGUGCUUCCAUCUGAUGACGAGCUGGAGAGUCAGAUCAAGAAAAUACACAUGAAAACCAUGUUGGAUGACGAUAAGCGACGGCUGCGGUUAUACCAAGAGAGGUACCUUGCUGAUGGGGAUCUGCACAGUGACGGGCCUGGACGAACGAGAAAAUUCCGUUGGAAACAUAUAGACGACACCUCCCAGAUGGAUCUGUUCCACAGAGAUUCUGAUGACGAUCAGGUUGAAGAACAGCUUGAUGAGACUGAAGCCAAGUGGAGGAAGGAGCGGAUUGAACGAGAGCAGUGGCUUCGGGAACAGGCUCAACAGGGGAAAAUUGCUGCUGAAGAAGAAGAUGUUGGGGAAGACAGUCAGUUUAUGAUGCUAGCCAAGAAAGCUGCAGCCAAAGCGCUGCAGAGGAAUGCCAGCCGCGCUGUGGCUGUUCAGGAGUCAAAGUCUGUGCCCAGUAACCCAUUUGGAGCCGUCAGACCAGGAGCUGCUCACCAGCUGAAGACAGGCUCCUUGCUAAACCAGCCCAAAGCUGUGCUUCAGAAACUCGCUGCCCUGUCUGACCUCAACCCCAGCGCUCCCCGAAACUCAAGAAACUUUGUCUUUCAUACACUUUCUCCCACCAAGGCAGAGGCAACAAAGGAAUCAUCCAAGCCUCGGCUGAGAAGAAAGGAAUCAUCACUGAUGGUGUCACUGUCUCCUAAGCGACUAAAGGUGGAUAACAGCAGUCCAGGACCAAAGCGGAGCAUCUUCAGAUACUUGGAAAGCUAA